AUGGCGCCAUCAACACCAUCCAACUUCGGUGUCAGAAAGAGACGUGUAGCGAGCCCUGGUGUUUCGCCUGCGAUCCCGCACCUUCUGCGCGAGACGACGAUAUCGGAGGCCAGUUCCAGCAGUGGGUACAAUGAAGUUCAGUACAUUGAGCACGCCGCUCCAGGCCAGGACAGGAAGACAUCGAAAAAGCACACCACAGGGAAAUGCCUUCUUGAUCUCCCGCCCGAGUUGAUUGACUUGAUAGCUUCCAAGCUCCGCAAGAGCGCGGCGAUUUUCAGCUUCGCGCGAGCAAACAAACGGAUCAAUGGCAUCUUACAGGAGACCAUUGUCCGGGAUCUGGUUCUUGGCCGACACCAAAUCAAAGGUUGCCUUGAGAUGCUCGCGCGCCACCCUGAACUCAUCCAGAAAGUCUUCACCGUUGACCUUGGCGACUUUGGGUGCUCUCACCACGAAAACUGCACCUGUCUAGGCAACGACGACUUCGAUGCUGACGCUAAAGAGCUUUUCGAUAAGAUCAUAAUUGCAAACACUGGCGGUGACGUGCAAUGGAGCCAAAUGCGCAAGUACAAGCUAAGAAAAGGCCAUCUUUGGCAAAAGGACCAGGCCUUCUUCUUGAAUCUGCUAGUGAUCUUGUGUCCGAACAUCAGAGCGGUUACUAUUGAGCUGCCAGAGGCCAGGCAGUUCCGAUCGAGUGAACCACCUCCGCCAAUUCAUAUGGCGCCUCAAACCUUUCCUUCGUUGAAUCCGGAGCUCCGCCCAGUUAUUCCGUUCCAAGGACUUGCCUUCCAGGUACUGCGCCGCACACUCCAGACGCUGACCAUUGCCGAAGACACUAGAUGGAAAGGACCAAUGACAAUGGAGUCUAUUCCUUCUUCCGAUCACCUCAAGUGGAGGAAUAUGGGAAAGCACACCAUCACGCUGGAUGGAUUCUCAGGCCUGAAGCGCCUAGAUGUGCCGAUGGAGGCACUCGGCCGCCCGGAGUAUGUUACAUUCACGAAUGAGGACUCAUUCUUCAAAUACAUUAACAUAGAUGUGGCGGAGAGACUGAAACGUCUACUCACAUACCAGGACUGGAGGGCACAGGAUCGGGAAGAAGCACGUGUUAAGCGGGUGCCGCUUACUCUCACACACCUGCAUUUGCGAUCAUGCAACAGAUGGACGUUUUCUUUGCUGAAGAAGAUCAAUGAGAUUGACGCCAAGGAUCUGAAUCUGAGAUACAUCGAGCUCUUCUUCAACGUUGAAUCUCACCAGGCCAUUAUUCAUUGCGAUUCACUGGACAAGGGCCGCUUCAGCUACCUAAGAUUGUUGAUGGAGCUUCAGGAGAAGAAGAUCGAUGUUCGUUUCUAUUUUGGAGCAAAGCAAACACCGGUAGAUAUGCGCAGCGAGCUGGAGGCAAUGCGCUUCUUGACGCCUUUCGAGCUCGCACAUUUCUCUACCUACCGCAGGCCAAUCUCAGAUCUGAAUACAGAAGCUAGCAAGAGGCGGCGGUCAUCAGCCAUUGGAAGUCGGCUUUUUCUGCGGCACGCUAGGAGCCAUUUCCAACUCAUGAAUAGCGCGACUUUUGAACCAGAUUCAUGGGCACGAAGCGCCUUCUUUCAUGGGACCAAGACUCAAGCGAAGGACCAUUCGACCCGAGACCAAAAAUCUCAAGGCCAAAAGAGUCGAGCCAUCAAGUGGAUCACUCUGGUACAGGGCGUGUGGAAUAUCAGUCGAAGGGGACCUCCCUUACUCCUUCUAGACAGCUUCAAGUUCAGUUUUCGCGUGAAGCGGAGCCUUGGGUGCUUGCCGGAGCAAGUUACCUUCCAGGGUAUUGUAGUACCCAUAGCGAGUCAUAUUCGUGCGCAACCCGUUGAAGACAUUGAGAGCUCAAAGAAGGCUUCAGAGCCAGUGAAAGAUGAGGCGAGGCGCAGGAAAAUAGGCCGUAAGACAAAAGAGACCGAGUCGGAUGCAAACGACGUACAAAUGUUGGAGAGCACCAUGAUAGAACUGGAGCUUGGAUCUGACUCCAGCAUCGACAAUGACAAGGCAACCCCAUCCGAUACGUCCGAAUUCAAUAUUGCGAUCUGGAGCAGGGUGGAUUGGAAGAAAUCUUUGAGUCUUUGAAGACGGUCAGCUCUGUAUGAAACAAGUUAUAACCAGCGUGGAUGAUGUAUUCCCUGACAGCUAUAGCAGUUGCUGGUUAUGUGGAUUUCUAUUUCAUUUAUAUCUUUGUUCUGGGAAAGGGUGGCAUGGAGUUGGAGCAUCGGUACGUCAUGGGCAGUGGAGAGUGAGCUGGACUCAAUGUAUAAGGUGGAGAUGAGGUGGCUCGGGGAGCUCAAGCUUCUUGACAUGAAGCUGAAAUGGAGCUACAGUCAUGAGCAGGAGCAGGAGGCGCACCACUAUGAAUGAUUGCAGUCUAGUGAGUCUGAGAGAGACUCGUGUGGUGCACCGUCUGAAUAGAGCGGGUUGUAGACUCUUUGCUUAAUUCCAAGUCUCACGACUGCACGGUUUAAGAAUCUGUUAUUUUGAAAUCGCAUUAGGGGAGUCUUCAUGUAAUAUC